AUGGCGGCCAAACCACCGGAAAUGAAUUACACGUGCGAAAUUUGCGGCCUGGAGGGUUUCAACGACGAAGAGAUGAGAUCUCAUAUGGUAUUUUGUCACCUCCGUGGAGCCGCAAACUGCCCGUUUUGCGAUUUAGGGGAAAUUUCGCCGACAGAAAUGUUGACACACGUCAACAGUGCUCAUCUCGACUAUUUGACACCGAGCACCCCAGAAAAUGACAUGAUGGCAUUUAUUGACGAUGAUUCACUGGUGGAUGACAGAAGACACGACGAAUGCCGUGGUCCAUGUCCUUCUCCAACCAUGUCUCCAAGUCCUCCUCUGCUUCAGAAUGGUUGGAGCAGUUCUUUUAGUCCUCGUGCUAAGCAGCAGCAAGAAUUACCAAAAUCAGAGCCACAAAUGUCUAGUGCUAAUGUGAAUAAUAAUAAUAACAAUAAUAACAUUGGAAGUGUGAAUAACGUUAUAGAAGGUGCAGCUGGUCAUGGAUCUCCACUGCGUUCAGGCCUAAAUUUACAACUACGUUGUCAUGCUUCACCAAAACUUCCAGUUCAAGAGUGUCCUAUGUGUCCCUACAGUUCUGACAGUCCGUUAAGGCUAGAGGAACAUAUCAAUAGACAACAUUUUGAUCUCACUUCGCCGUCCUUUCCACCUGAAUCUCCACCGGCUCGAGAUGGUGCCUUUAACUGUCCUCUGUGUAUCACAUCUUUUCCAAAUUCUUCUGAUCUUGAAUUACAUGUCAACAUUGAGCACAAAGACAUCUUGAGCCCUGCAAAUGGUGCAGCUGCCCAGUCAGCUCAAGCAACUAUUGCUGGAGAUACACCAGCAUGUCCAGUCUGUUUUAGUACUUCGUUUAAAAGCAGUGACGAGUUAGCUGCACACAUUGAAGAACACUUUAGUAAAAAGUGUACUCCAUCCCCUAUUACUCCAGAUUUAUCCACUGACAGAAUGUUAGCAAAGGAUAUGGAAAGACUUGAGAAAGAACUUAGAAAAUUGCGCGAGCAGCGUGAAUUUGAGUUGUUAAGGGCCCAGUAUGGCAUGGACAAUCAAGGGAAUUUUAGAGAACAGAGUGUCACUAAUAUGCAGCGGGCUGUAUAUUCCGGUGAAAUGACAAUUGCUGAUUAUUAUGAAAGACAGAGCGAGCUCAGAGUGGCCGAGAGUAGCGGCAUUGACGACGGCAACUCUUGUACACGUGGACUAGUUCCCAAGAUACGAGCUGUUAGUCAAGCAUGUAGUAACGUAUUGAGCACCUGGAUGUGUUCUACGGUAGACCAUUAUGCCACUACUUAUGGAGACAAAGGAUGGGGAUGUGGUUAUAGAAAUUUGCAAAUGUUAAUUUCGUCACUUUUACAACAUACAGGGUACAAUGAGUUAGUAUAUAAAGCGUGGAAUUCUGGCUUGGGUAGCGGUAGUUCUACCAAGAAUCCGCUCCGAAGUUCUAUACCGUCGAUCUCUAGACUCCAGAGGAUGAUAGAGUGGGCUUGGGCCCAAGGUUUUGAUACUCAAGGAGCGGAACAGUUAGGAGGAAAAUUGGUGAAUACUAGGAAAUGGAUUGGCCCCACAGAAGUAGUCAUACUAUUGUCUAGUUUGAGAAUAAAGUGUCAGCUGGUAGAUUUUUAUACACCAACUAAUGCCGACGGUGGACAUCCAGAAAUGUUUAAUUGGGUUUUACAAUACUUCCAGCGGUGCGAUGAUUUUAAGCCACCUCUUUAUUUGCAGCAUCAAGGUCAUAGUAGAACGAUAAUAGGAGUAGAACAAUUAAGGGACGGUUCAAUAACCAUGUUAGUACUCGAUCCAAGCCAUAGUCCAGCACAAAUGGCACAGUUUAAUAGUACAAGUAGUGCACUCGGUGCAAUGCGUUUGGUGCGGAAAUCGAUUGCAGCGAUGAAAGCAAGACAAUACCAAGUCGUUGCUGUUACCGGUAUCAUGGAAACCGAAUUAGAGUAUCAUGAAAGCAAAGUAUUACGUUUGGUACGCGUACCGCAAGAUAGGUGAGAUUUACUGGCCCGAAAAGGAGUCAAAUCUUUUGGGAAGACGAUAGACUGCCUCAAACCAAUUUUG